CAGGACAAAAGGAGAAUCCUCGCAAGACCAGGUAAGACAGAAUAAGCAUCUGUUCUGUCAAAAAUGACUAAGUACAAGAAGGCUUGUUUUAUUAAAGGGUCUCUUCAAAGGUUGAGGGAAUCAUAUGAUCAAAGCAACGAUAUGGCAGAGGAGGUGAAACUGUUCAAGACACUGUCGAGCCCAUUUGCUUUGAGGGUCGAUUGGGCACUGCGGCUCAAGGGCAUUCAAUACGAAUCUGUCCUGGAAGAUCUCUCCGAAAAAAGCGACCUCCUUCUUCAGUAUAACCCGGUUUAUAAGAAGGUACCAGUGCUUCUCCACAACGGACGAUCAAUUUCAGAGUCCCUGAUAAUUCUCGAGUACAUCGAGGAGACAUGGAAGCAAGACCCGCUCCUCCCACAGGAUCCUUACGCAAGGGCCAGGGCGCGAUUCUGGGCCAAAUUUGGUGACGACAAGGUUCUACCAUCAUUAUGGACUGCUUUCAUAAGUGAAGGCAAAGAGCAAGAAGCAGCUCUUGCAGAGGCAAGUGAGAACCUGCAGAAGCUGGAAGGAGAGCUUAAUGGGAAGAAAUUCUUUGGCGGAGACAACAUUGGAUAUCUAGACAUAGCACUUGGAUGGUUGGCCAAUCUAAUUACUGUCUUUGAGGAGAUAUCUAGCCUCAAACUGGUGGAUGGUGAGAGGUUUCCACUUCUACUUGCAUGGAUGGAGUUCUCAGAUGUUCCAUUGAUCAAAGAUUGUUGGCCACCCCAUGACAAGCUCAUUCCCAGGUUCAUUGCUCGUCGUCAAGUGUAUCGCAUGAAAUCAUCAUCAACUUGACCAAUUUUCUUUUGUUGGAGGGUGUUAAGAGUCACGUUG